AUGGUCUGGAUUUACGGAGGAGGUUUUUCAUCCGGGUCCUCCGAUCCUGACGUUUUCGAAGGAUCCUUCGUUGCGGCCACUCACAACGCUAUCGUUGUAUCAAUGAAUUACCGUGUUGGCCCCUUCGGUUUCCUCAACUUGGGGAUUCCUGAGGCAAGUGGGAAUGUAGGUCUCAUGGAUCAAUCAUUGGCUUUGAAAUGGACUUAUGAAAAUAUCGAGGCCUUUGGAGGGGACCGCAACAAAAUAACAAUAUUUGGAGAGGGCGGAGGAUCCGCUUGCGUGAGUUACCAUUUGCUGGCUCAACCGUCGUGGGACUAUUUUUCCAACGCCAUUAUGAUGAGUGGCACGGCUUUGUGCACAUGGGCGUUCCAGUCGCCAAAGAAAAGUGUGAAAAAUGCCAAAAUGUACGCAAAAGAAGCUGGAUGUGAUUCGGAAGAUGCAAAGGAAAUCGUGACAUGCCUUCGUCAAAAAACUCCAGAUGAGCUAACUUCUUUCGCACUGGACUUGCUGUUUUUCAAACCCACCGUUGAUGGCAGCUUCAUCACCAAAUCUCCAGAGAAAUUACUCAAGUCUAAAGAUUUCAAGCGCUGUAACAUUUUAUUGGGCUACACGUCAAACGAACAAUCUUUUUUCAUGUCAUUACUAGACAAGAGGUUCGGCCGAACCAAUACCGACGAACCACUUGUGUCCGUUCCAGAAAUUAGAAACCUAGUUAACAAAGUUACUCUGGCCGACUCCCCGAUAAUAACCAACUCAAGUCUAGCUUACGACCACCUCAUGCAAGUUUAUGUCCACGGCAUUCCCAGAAAGCGACGCGAUUCCAAUUUCAAAGUGCUUGAAGCUAUGGUUGGUGACCACGACUUUAAAUGUCCUAUAAUUCAACUCGCAAGAGCGUAUGCCGCCGAGGAUCUUGGCGUUUUCUUAUAUCGUUUCCAUCACACAUCUUCUACCAGCCCCUGGCCAGAGUGGAUGGGAGUGAUGCACGGAUACGAUGUCGAGUUCGUGUUCGGAAUGCCGUACAAUAGUAGUGGGGGUUUCUCUGCCGAGGAUAAGCGGGUCAGCAAUAUGCUCUUGUCGUACUGGGUAACCUUUGCCAGCACUGGAAAUCCAAACAUGGAGAAGUCCGGUGUCAGAAUGUGGCGCAAAUUUACGGAAUCUGACCAGGAGUACACAGUCAUCAAGUCUGGCCAGAUGGAAACAAAACAGUAUCCCAGAUUCACACAAUGUUCUUUUUGGACGGAUUUCGUACCUGUGUUAGAAAAUCAUACAGAAUCUACGGCUCUUGCGUUAGCACGUUGUGCAGGGACGCGGACUGGUGCAGCUGUCCUCAGUGUUCUAUUAUCAGUCAUGUUAUCCGCCAUAAUAGCCUCCAGAAAUGGAUGAAAACAUCUUCCGGCGUUUUCACUGGUACCUUGUCCCACCGCUUGAUGAGAUGCGUGCGAAUAAACAGUUGGUUGUAGAGGUGGGAAUGUUAAUCAACGGCUUCAACUGCCAAGUCUGUGGAUGUAAAAUAGAAUGAGUAACAUCAAGAAUAAACAGAAAAAGAUUUUCGGUAUUCAGUAAUUUCUAAACGCUGAUGGUAUUGUCCAUAAAGCCCACCUUACAAUUUAAACGUUUGGACGCCUUGAACUAAAAAAUAAAUUAAAGAAAAUAAAUGUAUUUUUAUUGCAUUUUUCUGCAAAGUGUCAAGCACUUUACCUUGUGAUGCCUACUUGCAUUUUCAGUGGUCUUUUUCUU